CUUGAACUACCGGAUGUUGUAGCACCUGGCCAUGAGCACGUCUACAGUAUACACGCAUUCUAUUAAGUGGAAAGUAUAUACACACGCAAUCCAAUUGCAAUAACAUCUAGUGGUAUAUAUAUUGAACUCUGGGUCUGGAAGCAAAUAGCAUAAGCACUCUUGAACGGAGAGAAACUGUCUAAGCUAGUGUAGCGCUUUCACGAGUAUACACUAAUGAUUUACCUGAUGAGAAUAAUAUAUUAAUGUCACAUAUCAACUUCUCGUAUUCUAAUGCUGUCCAACUCAGCUAGCAACCGAUAAUUCAACUGUUACUGCCACUGGCGUCAACAUAUACGACGCCCGAAAACUCCCAUUAAGGACGGGACUGCCGAGAAGCAGAAUCACUCUUUGCUUUUCAUUUCUAGAUGCGGCUCAACGUUCCGAUUUGCUGACGGUAAAUGAUAUUAUAUGUAUCCGACGAGCGUUUAUUAUUCAACGCAUAGAUUUCAAUAUUUAGACCUACUUAGAGGUCUGUGCAUCGAUAAAUAUUAGAAUACAACAUGGUAUUCCGAUUGUUUAGACCUAUGGGUGUGGACUCUCAAUGCAUCACACUGGCACGUGGUCAGCUAAAGAAAAAUGUGCAAAAGUGCAAUCACACAUACAAACAUACGUACUCUUUCGCACACGAAAGUCGAUUGCAGGCCCCAACACGUAAGCGGCUGGGGGAGCAUACAAUUGGUAUCACUGCUUCGAAUGUAUAUAAGCUGGAUGGUACAUAUGUACAAAAGCUCAGUCACCAGCUUUACCACCCAUGCAUACAACCCUCCUCGCUGGGUUCGGUUUGUAUACGACAGUUGAGUCACUAUAGCCGCCACACACACGCACAACCAGUAUUGCUCUCGGACCUACCCUCGGGGGGGGGUGCCAGGAACCAAGUGCAGCUAGCAUGUGAAAGUCCAAAGGCGAAGUUGUCUCGAACUAACCAACAUGCGCGUAUACAAGCACGUGUAUAUUCGGGCACGAGAAGCCUCCACCAACCUAAGUGGUGGAAAAGGUUGCUAGGAAAGACUAAGAGUGGAACAGAAAAUCCUGGGACUAUUCCAAUGGCAGCGCCCCGACGCAGUGAGUGCACACGUGCUCCAGUGCUAGGCCGAGUGCGGCAUGAUGAUUUUGCCUGGUUGCAGAAUGCGGAGGACAGGGACACUGUCGAAUACUUGCGAGCGGAGAAUGCAUAUUCUGAAUGGUAUAUGAGAGACACCCAAUGGCUGCAACACCAGCUAUUUGAAGAAACGCUCCGCGUGCAUCCCCACGAGAGUGAAAGCCUACCCGAACGGGUGGACGACUACAUGUACUAUACUCGCACCCCCGACACCGACGGAGCAUUGCCUAUAUACUGCAGACGGCAGCGACUUAGUUCUGACGACUCCAGCUUAGAAAUGACAGGCAUGGUGUGCUUAGUUUAUAUGCCGUUUGCGGGCGUGACGGGUUAUUGGGUGAGUGAGGAGCAAGUGCUAAUCGACCAGAAUGUACUGGUGCAACAGUGUGGCUUUCUGAUGAUUGACUCUGUGAAGCUCUCGCACGAUCACAGCAAACUGGCCUUCUCGAUGGACUCCACUGGUGAUGAAUCACUAUCGGCCGUCGUUUUAAACCUCGCAGAUGGAGAAUGCAGGGUCAUUGAGACUAUCCCUUCUGUGGUGAGCAUAGAAUGGAGUGCGGACGGCGAACAUGUGCUUUACACCGCACCAGACCACCACGGGAGACCGUACGAGAUCAGAUGCCAUAAACUGGGAACGAAUUGCAUUGCUGAUCUUGUGGUGCUCACAGAAAGGGAUGAGAGUGUCUUCCUAGAUGUGUCACUAACCAAAGACAAGCGGUUUAUCACCCUCAAUGCUAAUUCUAAGAUGACCUCCGAGGUUCAUGUUUUGGAUGCGAAAACCCCGCACGGCAAGCCAAUACUUGUCCGUGAACGGGAGAAGGGGGUGGAGUAUUUUGUGGAGCAUCGGAACGACAAAUUCUACAUUGUGACGAAUAUCGACAAAGCAGAAGCAUACAAGAUCAUUACAACUCCAGACGCCGCGCCACAAUCUGAAAAUUGGACGGAUCUAUUCCAAGGAGAGACGAAUGAACCUAUAGUGGACAUGGACAUCUAUGCGGACUACUGUGUGAUGUAUAUGCGAGACAAAUAUGGGGCGCCGAAAAUGACCAUCAUGGAUUUGAAUACUCGGGAACUACGUACAGCCAAGCUACCAUCCUCGGCGUGCACGUUGAUUCCAGGUGCGAAUCAGACAUACAACACACAUUGUUUGCGCUUGGGUUUGUCGUCUCCAUCGACUCCAGAGGUUGUUGUUACAUGUGAUUUGAGGGAUGGUUCCGUGAUCACGCACAGAGAGGUGUCCAUCCCGUCGCUGUCUGAAGGCAUAGCCGAUAUGGAAAACAUUGAGAAUCGUAUGCCACCCACACUAGUCAAGGAUGAUAUCGAAGUGCGCCAGAUAUUUGCAGAGAGCGCGGAUGGAACGGCUGUGCCUAUGACUUUGAUCGCCAAACGCGGUGUGCUGGAGCAGAGUUCGCCUUCACCCCUGAUAGUGCAGGGCUACGGCGCGUAUGGGCACAAACUGGACGCCGACUACAAAGCUGAACGUAUCCCAAUGUUGAAUAGGGGCUUUGUAUACGCCUUGUGCCACGUGCGCGGUGGGGGAGAGCAUGGCAAACGGUGGCAUCGAAUGGGUAAACUGAUGAAUAAGCACAGAUCCUUUGAGGACAUGGAGGCAUGUGUGCGGCAUCUCCACUCCGCAGGUGUCUCCCAAGCGUCGCUGACUGCCAUUCGCGGGUCCAGUGCUGGCGGACUGUUGGCUGCUGCUGUUGUGAUUCGAUCGCCCUUUCUGUUCAAGUGCGCUGUCAUGAAGGUCCCAUUUACAGAUGUAUUGACAGCGAUGCUGGAUGACACAUUGGCCUUGACAGUGCACGAGUACGAUGAGUGGGGCGACCCAUCCACCAGCGUUGCAGUCUACGACUAUAUCAAGACGUAUUGUCCGUACGACAAUCUCACAACUGACAGCCAACUGCCUGAUAUGCUAUUCACAGGUUCAAUGAAAGAUAAUCGAGUGCCGUACUGGCACCCAGCGAAGAUGGUGGCUAAACUAAGGCAUUUGCGCUCCUUGCAAUAUUACGGUUCUCGGCUAAAUCCGAUUCCAGGUGACUCUACGAAGAUAACUGGCGACAAUCUAUAUACCUCGACGGGAAAUCUAGGUAGUGGUGAGACCGAGCAUUGUGCAAGUGAUUAUAGGGAAGAUACAAAAGAUGAAUACUGUAGGUCAAGCACAUGUUUGCUACAGACUGACUGGGAUGCGGGACACUUCGGUGCGGCUGGAGAAGACGGCUACUUCUCCGGUCAUGCCAAUGAGAACGCGUUCUUUUUGAAAUCCCUUGACCUCUUUCACACCGAUGUAGGUGGGGGAAAUCAUGACAAUGUACAUGAUUUGUUCUAAAUUGUGAGAACUAAGAAAAUAGAACUCUAAAUUAUAACAUAAAUACCUGAUAGAAUUUAAAAUGUUCUAUGGAAAUAAAACGACCUUCGAAC